GUGUUUAUAUUUAUGAAACUCACAAAAGAAUUGAUAAAAAUACGCCUUCACGUUAAUGCCAUACCAUUAUUUUAUAAAAACUGCGUAUUGAAAUAAAUAUAGGGCCUUUAAUAUAAGAAAACCAUAAUUAUCCCUUAAAAAAUGACCGCUGGCACUAUGAUCGAAGUUUUAUCAAUAAAUGUGAAAAAAUUGGCGUAUUUUGUGUUAAACUUUAUUGAACCGCACUAGUGACCUAGUUUUGUGCCUUGUCUUUGUUUCGUAGCAUCUUAUCAAUUUGUAGUAAAGUAAAGAUCGAUCUCACACGGACACCAGCUUAGGUUAUCAGUCUUUCAUCAAAAUAAAAAAGAUUUUGUGAGUUAUAGUUUAUAAAAGUUAUUGAAAUGGCCGAAAGUAAAGAUUUCCGACAAAUAAGUUGACAAUGGAUGAAAAUAUUACAAAGAAAAAAGAUUACGGUAGAGUCUCAAGAAAAUGCUCAGCGAAUUUAUCGCCACAGAAACUUACAUUAUCAGGCAAUUUCACACAGAAGCACAAACUCUUUGAUAUAUCCACACCAUUACGAAGAGCUAGUAUGCGGCAGGAUAUACUGGACAUGGUGGCUCGGAGAACGGAGUCAAGAAUGGAGGAAAGCAAGGGUUAUGUUGAUGAUAAUCCUAUGUAUGAAGAUCCUAGAGAUGUUAUUGGUGAGAAACCAGCAAAACCACCUAGAAAAAGAACCACCCAGGGCAUAGCUGUGUCAUCUCCCAGGACUUCCAAAGAGGGAAAGUCACUUCUCAAAGAACAGAAAAAGAAACUCACAAAGAAAUAUGAACAGCUGAUCACUUCACUUAUGGAUAGAUGUGAAGAAAAUGUUGUACAGCUAACUGAAAAAGACUCUCAAAUUACCAAACUGAAGGAGAAAUUAAAAUCAGUAUUAGAAUACAAUAAACUCUUUGCUGAAGACAAUGAUCACUUGAGGAGUCAAUACGAAACUCUUGUCAAAUACGCAGAAGAGUGUAAGAAGGUGAUUAGAGAAGAGAGGGAGAGGAAUAGAGAGUUAGAAGUGAAGAAUAAAGAACUUCAGGAGAAGGUUAAGCAGUAUGAACUUCCUGAUAGAGACCACGAGCCAUCAACAGCGAUUCCACUAGUAGAGGUCUGCAUGAGUUGCAGCAGUCGACAGAUCAUACUGACUCAAGCGCGGGAACACAACUCGCGGCUACAGAAAGAUAUGCAGGCGCUCAAAGAUGUACUCUACAGGCUAAACGUCCAGCUCUCUCGUUACCAAGAGCGACUGCGCAGCAACAUGCAGUCGAUGGCGGCAGACAAAGGCGACGUGUUCAAGUCUGGAGACAAGCUGGAGACCCUGGACUCGCUCAUCACUAACAGUAUGGGUUAUAAAGAGACCAUUCCGGAUGAGGCUCACUCCAAGUACGGUCAUGACGACACACCCCAUACUGGCAGGACUGUCGACCUGUCUGGCUUGCUCAGCGCUCAAGCCGUAGCUCCCCUUUUCGACGCAUAUCAAGAAAACCUUCUCGAGAAAGACAACCUUAUUCUCGAUUACGAAAAGCAAUUUGAAAACAUGAACAAAAAGUCUAAAGAAAUUGUCUCCGAGAACAAAACUUUGACGGACAAAGUGAAGAUUCUGGAAGAUGAGCUCGUGGGACUGAGACAGAGCUAUAAAAAGGUCGUGAUCGAGAAAGAGACGGCAGAUAUAGAAAAGGCGACGCUAGUGGAGAGGGCUGAAAGGGCGGAGUCCAAGUUGAAGGAGGUUUAUGAACUGUAUGAAGAUAAAAUGGCAGCCAUGAUGCGUGACUACGAGACGGUCCACCGCGAGUACUUCACCGUGAAGAACUCUCUCGAGAUAGCGGAGAACAAGCUCGCGCAGCUGGACGCCCUGCGCGCGCGGACUGUGCCCGCCGAUAUGCAUGAACGACGGCUUGAUCACUGUAAACGGUAAUAAUAAUAAUAUUUUGACCACAACACUGGAGUACUCAAUCAUGCCCUCAAAUUGCCUCGUUAGCUCAUAAUUCAUCGUGCUCCAUCCCGAUAGUCAAUUAGGCGGAUGGCAUCUUGGACUAGGACAAAGUCUUCUUAUUCAUCUAUUUAUUAAAUAGUUUAAGCACACACAGCAGGCAAAAAUAGUAGAGAUUUUCGUGUCGCGCUUAUGUGCAAUGGUAUUCUUCAUUUGAGUUCAGACCACAUGGUGGUUUCUU